AUGUGGACGAGCAUUGCCGAUGUGCAACCGGUGAUCCUGGCCUUUGCGGAGCCGCUGACACAGUACCUCAACGGCGCACUCGACGCCGAAUUGGACUUCCGCGCCGCCAACCGCGAAGCUACCGUGGCGCGCAUCUGGGCCGACGCCUUUCGCAACGAUUGGCCCGGCCAACUCGAGCGUCUCCCACAAUGGUCUUGCCUGGACAAGGCCACCUAUGCUUGCAUCCGGUCCAAGGCCAUGUACAGCAACGUGAUGGCGUACGCUACUAGCCCCAACCACUGGUGCAUCGUGGGUCAGCAUCAAUACUGCAAUACGAACUGUGCACUUCCGGCCCACCCGAGCUGGACACCCGACAUUGAACUCAGCGAGGCCGAUGCAGCCCCGAUGGAGAACCUGUGGCUCGACGUCCUCGCGCCAUUCCUCGAGUGUCCGAUCGCGCUCGCGCAUGCUGCGAUCAUUGGCGGGCAUCUGCAGCUCCUCCGCUACCUCAUCGGCGAGAAAAGCGUCGUUGUCGCUGACUUUGGCUACAUCCACGAGUACGGCUGCAGCCGUCCGGCAAUGGACAUUGCCGCCGAGUACGGUCAUCUCGAGGUCCUCAAGCUGCUCCACGACGGCGGUGCACUAUUGUGCACGACGGCAGCCAUGGACAAGGCCGCUCUCAAUGGACAUUUCCACGUCGUCCAAGACAUUGUGCGUUUUCUGCAAAAGCACUGCAACGCGUCGUUCUCGCCGGACGUGUUUGAAAUGGCCGCCGCCUACAACGACCUGGACCUCAUCCAGGAAUUGCAUUACGUGUGGCACGCGCCAUGCACGACAGCCGCCCUGGACGCCGCCGCCGCCCACAGCAGCGUGACGAUCGUCGAUUUUUUACAUCGAAACAGAACGGAAGGCUGCACGGCGCUGGCCAUGGACAGCGCUGCAUUCCGCGGGGCGCUUGACGUUGUCCGAUACCUCCACGAACACCGAGACGAAGGAUGCACGACCCUCGCGCUGGACGCGGCCGCCCGUUGCGGGCAUCUACCCGUCGUUCAGUUUCUCACCGAGCACCGCACCGAGGGUGGCACGGUGCACGCGAUGGACCGAGCGGCGCACCGAGCGGCGCACCGCGGCUUUGACGCCGUCGUGCGCUACCUCCACGAACACCGAGACGAAGGCUGCACGACGCGCGCGGUGGACUGGGCCGCCGCCGCAGGUCAUCUCUCCAUUGUACGCUUCCUCCUUGAGCAUCGAUCGGAAGGCGGUACGUACCGAGGCAUUUACUGGGCGGCCGCGCGCCGUGAUCGCGACUACCCCGCUAUUUUGGCUUUGUUGUUGCUGCACGACACGACCAAGAUGCAUUCUGCCGCCGCCGUUGAGCACGCAUUGCGAAUCGGCGACCGCAGGACCUUUAAUGCCCUUCUCGCCGCGGGUUGCAACGGCGCGAGCGAUGUCAACGUCGACGCCAUCACUUGGCGACUGCUGAGUCGCGCCGACGCGCUCUAUGACGACCCUACCACGGGUGAAUAUGGCAACACCGACAGAGACGAGCACAAAGAGAAUUUCCAGUUUCACAUAAACAGAUUCUGA